GAAAUUACUUCAAAAAUUUUUUAAUUAUUCCGAAAAAUUAAAACGUUUUAAAAGCAUUCAAAUCAUAAAAAUUUAUUUUAUAAAUUCAAAAUAUUCUUAAAAUUUAUUUAAUAAAAUUUUGUUAAAAAUGUUUAAAACUGCAACAGCCAAAGUACCUGGUGAUUUGGGCUUUAUCUUUGACAUCGUAAUUGUACACAUUAAUCUAACUAAUAUUAAUGUCCAAGAAAUUUCCAAAUUAAAAGUUGAUGUAAAAUUUAUUAAAAACAACAUUAAAAUAAGUUCAAGUCGUAUUAAUGUGGUCGAAUUUAAAUCGGACCGUAGUUUGGAAUUUACCGAAAGGCCCUCAGUUUUAAAAGAUGAACUAUUUAAACAUCCUUUAGAAUGUCAAGUAUAUUAUGAUGAUCAAACUGUUGGAGUUUGUACUUUUCUAUGGCCUGAUAGCUUUAUAAAUUGUAUUGCUGGUGAUUGUGGUCGAGAAUUGACGCAUUGUGAAGAGGCAGAUAUUAAGAAAGAUAAUGAAAAAGUAGGCCGAAUGGAAAUAUUGGCGCGACUGCAAAUAAAAUGUGAUGAAUUUGAUAUAAAACAAAUACAGCAGCCCAAAGUUAAUUUAUGCAAACAAGCUGACAAUGUAAUAAAUCCAAACGACAUACUUUUUAUGGUGGGUGAAGACAAAAACGCAUCAAUCGGCUGCACUGAUGUUGAUAUAAUACCAGCCUCAGAAUCUGGAUCAUCCGCAAAUGCCACAUGUUUAGAUUUAUCCAAUUUUCGUCAUAUAAAUGGUAAAACAGUGCCGAAUACUGAUAUUCUAGAUACUAUGGAUCUUAACUGUUGUAAAUCAAAGCAAUCUUCAUAUCAAUGCAAACAAAUUAUAGACGAUUUAAUGAAAAAAUCAAAAGAUUCUGCAUGUUGUGUGAAAAAUAAGGCCAAACAGCAAUUGCCAUGUGAUCAAAUACAAAAACCAUUAGAAUGUAUAUCCGAUAGUAGAUUUGCCUCUUGUAGUAGUUCAGAUACUUACAAUCCAUGUCAAUGCAUAUCGGAUGAAUAUGCUUCCGAGAGUAAAAGCAUGAUAUGUAAAACUGAUGGUUUAAGAGAAAAGCCAGCCAAGAGAUACUGCCCUCUCUGUCACGAGAAUAUCACCUGGUUACCCAAAUUUGCAAAUUGUCCUAAAUGUGGCUAUAGGCCCAUAUCAUAUAAUGUAGAAAAACCUUACGAUUACAAAUUAACAGCGGAUCAAAUUCUUCAAGAAUUUUCCAACAAAAAGGCAGACGAUCAUGCAAUGUAUCAACCAAGUGAUGCCUCUCUAAUGGAUUGUCAAGAAAAAUGUCGUUGCACUUGUAAAAAUGGUAAAAUGUGUGCUCAUUGUCGUAUUAAAAAACUUUGCGAGGACAUUUUUAAACCACCUCAGAACGGUGAAGAGGAGGACUGUGGUAAAUGUGCAUCCAAAUCUUCGGGUUUGUAUAAUAUUUGCAAAUCAAGCAGUCGUGACUGUCGUCCUUAUUUGACUAAAGUAUUCCAAGAGCUUAAAGAUCUCUACGAUAUGAAAGAAACAAAGAAAAAUAUUGCCACUACGGAAGAGUCGAAACUUCGUGUUAAUGGGUCACAAGAGCCAAAUCAAAUAGAAGAGGACUCUCGUAGACCUCAAAGUAAUAAACAGAAAUUGAAAGCCGAACGUAAGAAAUUUUUGGUGAAAAAUUUCCAUAAACAUGAGUCUUGCAAAGGUAAAAUUUUCGAUUAUCAUAGCCAGCGCAAAUACCCUGGCACCAAAUUUGGACACAAAACUUGCCUAAAUGGAUUUGCGGGACGAAAAAAUGUUCCCCGUAACAUGGGUUGGCUGUGGAAUGCUGAAACUAAAGGUUUACAAACCGGUUGGCAGCCAGGUGCCAUACGAAAACCUAUUAAGACUUUAAUGAAACAUUUCCUCAACGAACAUGACUCACAGUUGUGCUGCGAUUUGCAAUAUAAUGAAAAUUGCGAUAAAAAUAAGGAUGAGGAAGAGGAUUAUACUAAAGAACCUACACUGCAUAUAUGCAAAAGGAAUGGAGCCUACUAUAUAACAUUAAGAUCUCUUAAAGAUGUUGAUACUUUAAAUGAAUGUCCAAAUUCUUGUAUUAAUAUGAAACCCAUACAAUUUAAAAUUACAAAAAAUCCUUUAUUAAUAGAGAUACGCAAACUAAAGCAAUAUUUAAAAAACAUUGGUUUUGCCAAGUGUAUUUGCCACAAACCAAUAUCCUAUUGCUGUUGUCGUAGCUUCCUAGAGAAAAUGAAACUUGAAUAUCAGUGUUGUAAGGAGUGUCACAAGCGGCAAAUACCCAACUGUACUUAUAAUCUAAUAUUGUCCGAUACCACAGAUAGUGAAACAGAAUUUGAUUUUGGUGUAACACCGCCGGCUGCAGCUGAUCAACCAGAUAAAUAUUUAAAGAGAAGGAAAACAGUUAGUUCUGCUACUCAAUAUGAAGAAAAUGAUUGGAUAAUAAAAGAAGAAUAUCCCAAACCUUUAGGCAAAUACUUUAAAUUGCACAAUUGCGCUGUUGGCCAGAGAUUUGGCAAAGCAUUUGGACCUUAUGGCAGUAAAGGCUAUAGUCCUGGUGCUGCUCCCAUUGAGGGUAUAUACGGACCAUGUGGUUUAAUGUCAGAGGGUAUGCAUGGCAAAGGUAGAGCUGGCAAAGGCGUUAAUAUUAGAGGACCUGGAGCAUUUUUAGGUCCCGAUGGAAAAUUCAGUAUGGCUUUGUAUUUAGCGGCCAAAGCUUCAACUAAAGCUUCUCCCGAGGAAAUUGCUGAGAAAAAAAGACAAAAAAUGGCUCUCCUUAAAGGUGCCAAUCCACCUUUGCUGUGUAAGGUGGACAGACGUGGCAAGCCAAUUGAUAUAUGUCCUCCUUGUAUUCCAUUAUCAUGUAGUACAGCGUGUUUGCGUGAUAAUCGUAUAUGUUAAAUGUAAUAAAUUUAUUUUAAAAUAUUUCAAUUGCUGAUAUUAAAUUUAAAAUUAUAAGUAUAAGUGAAUAA